AUGGCGGUGCCUAUCGAUGAUCUCACGGCAAUUUUCAAGGACCUUGGAGCUCUAGAGCGGGAAUUUGCCGAGGUCGAGCUCGAUGCCUUGCGAAGAAAAGAAUAUUCCUUACGAACCCUGUACACCAAAAGGGAAGCUCUAUUUAAGAAGAUCCCAAACUUCUGGCCAACCGUGUUUGGCUUCGGACCUGAAGACAUCCGACGAUUCUUCGCUCCAGACGACCUUCCUCUACUUGCUUCUAUCGAGUCCGUGUCCGUCGACCGGUACGAGAUCCAAUCCGAAACCGAAGGCGAACCUCGCAGCAUUCGAUUUACCUUCCACUUUGCCCCCAAUGAAUUCAUGGAGAAUACGACUCUUAUCAAGGAGUUUGAAUUUCAUCCCUCUGGAGAUGGACCGGGUAACCUAAUCUCGACGCCGGUUCCGAUUAAAUGGAAGGGGAAGAAGAAGGACCCAACACGCGGUCUCCUCGAUGCCGCCGUUCAACUGUACAAUGCAGAAGAAGCGCUGAAGCUCAAGCAAGGUGACAAGGUCGUUGAUAUCGUGGAUCGAGAGGCGCUGUGGCAAUAUGAGAAACUCCGAGAAACGCUAGUUCAGUUUGAGGAAGAUGAAGGCGACAUUCACCAACCAAGCUUCUUCUCUUGGUUCGGUUUCAGGGGCGCGGUCAACGCUGCGAAUGUCAAAAAACCAGCUGAGACAGAGACUGGGUCCCAGAAUGAGGAGGAUGACGCCAACGAGGACGAGCUCGAAGAGCUACUGGACGUCGAGAUUUUCCCUGCUGGGGACGAAGUAGCUACCGCUUUGGUAGAGGACCUCUGGCCAAAUGCCAUGGACUAUUUCCUGUCGGCUAACAGCCAAGAUGACGAGUCUGACGAUGACGAUGAUGAGGAUGAAGAUGACGACGAAGCUCCGCAGUUGGUGUUGGCAGAGGAAGAUGACGACAGGCCGCGCAAGAGGGCGCGUAGGGGUUGA